ACGCCACGUCUCACUCUCACCAAAGGACUCUCACGUGCAAACCUCCAUUUUCGUCUCCUCUCUGCUUCUCUCCACCUAUAAAGAGAAGCGUUUCUUCUUUAUGUUCACCGAAGCAUCCUCUUCGAUCACGCGUAUGAUCAACUCCUGAAUUCGGUUGAAUAGUGAAGGAUACAUUAUUAAUGAAACAAUGUCAUCACCAAGUAAGAGACGAGAUAUGGAUGUCAUGAAACUGAUGAUGCGUGACUAUGUUGUGGAACCAGUCAAUGAUGAAAUCAAUGAAUUCAAUGUGGAAUUCCAUGGUCCAAAAGAAAGUCUUUAUGAAGGUGGUGUUUGGAAAAUCCGUGUGUUGCUGCCAGAUGCUUACCCAUACAAAUCUCCUUCCAUUGGAUUUCUGAAUAAAAUAUUCCACCCAAAUGUUGAUGACAUCUCUGGUGCUGUAUGCUUGGACGUCAUUAAUCAAUCAUGGAGCCCAAUGUUUGACCUCUUGAAUGUAUUUGAGGUAUUCCUACCACAGCUACUGCUUUACCCAAAUCCUUCAGAUCCAUUAAAUAGUGAUGCAGCAUCAUUGAUGAUGAAGGACGAGAAAAAGUAUGAAGAGAAAGUGAAAGAAUACUGUGAGCUUUAUGCGAAGAAAGAGAAUGAUAUCAGCACUCCAUCUGAAGAGAGUGAUGAGGACAUCAGUGAGGACGAUUUCAGUGACACGUCAAGUAAUGAUGGCAUUGCUGCAGAUGCAGAUCCAUGAGAACCUGUCAGCCUUCUCAACUUAAAACAUCUCAAAUAUUUUGCUCAUCAAGCUCUCCUCUUGAUUACCCUUGCACGAUACUAAUUUGAGUUUCUUGAUCAAUGAUGAAAGAUAGGUGAGACAAAACUGGAGACCCCGUGUGUCGAUGAAAUAUGCUGCUUAGCAGUAAUAUUGGUUUUACAGACGAAUCAUAAAGUAUUAUUGAUGUUUUAUUUGCAAGUUUGAAUUGAAAGUUACCUUACUUUUCAAUAAUGUUAGUCUCCACUCAUUGAAGUCUCA